CUUUUCAUGGAAAAGACAUCAGAAUAGUUUCAAUCAUCAUGAAGUUUCUUGCAGUGUUCGGUUUAUUUGUGGUUAGCGUAAGCGCGGCGAAUCUAGAUGCUAUCGCCAAACCAGGUUUUCUGGAAGGGCGCAUUAUCAAUGGCCAUGAAGCCGAGAAGGGUGAAGCUCCUUUCAUUGUUUCUUUGAAGACCGGUAGCCAUUUCUGUGGUGGUUCCAUUAUUGCUGAAAAUUGGGUCUUGACUGCUGGUCACUGCUUGAUCUUCGAUGAAUUUGAAAUUGUAGCGGGAUUACACUCACGAAUUGAUGAAUCCGACGUUCAAAUCCGCAAGGUUACCAGCAAGAGACAGCAAUUUGUUCAUGAAGGAUACGAUGGUGAUGUUGGUCCCAACGAUAUUGGUCUCAUCUACGUGGAUAAACCUUUUAAGUUAAAUGCUUUGACUCGUGAUGGAACAGCUGCAGUGGCCAAAGUGGAUUUACCAUCCGGCAAAUUCGAAUCAACUGGUAAGGGUAAGCUGUAUGGCUGGGGACGCGAUAACUCAGGAUUUUUACCCAACAUUCUGAACACUUUGGACGUAGACAUUAUUGGAUACGAAGAAUGUAAAAAUGCUUUACCUUCCGAUGCUCCUAUAGAUCCUGUCAAUAUCUGUUCCUACACACCUGACGCUAUUGAUGGUGCUUGCAAUGGCGAUUCCGGUGGUCCAUUAGUGCGCGUCACUCCCGACGGUACCGAGCUAGUUGGCAUUGUAUCUUGGGGUUACGUACCCUGUACUGCGUCAGCACUGCCAUCUGUUUAUACUUGGACUUCUGCUUUCGACAAAUGGGUUGAAGAAACCACCAAUAACUAUGGCACGCCUAGUCAACUCGUUUAAAUUAUUUUGCCGUAAAUGAACAAAAUGAAAAAUUUUUAGUUAAAAAACAAAACAGAUUUGCGUAGUAGGAUUGAUCUUGAGUACUUCUCACCUAAAAGAAAUGUAUAAUAUAUCAAGCAAAUAAACUUUGACAUCAAUAAAUUUCCGUUCAGUUCGUGUUCA